AUGCUUAUUGGUGUCGUUAUAGGAAGUACCAGGAAACCUCGCUGCAGCCCGCAGAUCGCACAAUUUAUUAUCAGUGCAAUUGAGAACUCGCAAACAUACCGGGAGAUGGCUGAUAGACCCGAAUUGCAACUUGUGGACUUGGGUGAUUGGAAUUUGCCGCUUUAUAACGAGUCGAGAAUUCCAUCCCAGAUCAAAAACUAACUGGAAUAUGAUCACGAACACACCCGAUUGUGGAGUCUUGAGAUUGAAAAAUACGAUGCGUUCAUUUUUGUUGCUCCUCAGUAUAAAUGGGGCUAUCCCGCAGUUUUGGAAAAUGCCUUAGACUAAUUGUUUAAUGAGUGACAGUCCAAGCCUGCGGUCGUGGCCACUUAUGGAGGUCAUGGCGGGACCAGAUGCAAUGAUCAAUUGCGCGAGGUGCUAUUGGGACUGCGCAUGGUUCCAACCAGAAGCAGAAUUCUAUUUUCUUUUGCCAACCGUGAUGUACAUUUCAAAGCCGCGUCUAGUGCCAAUCUGGGUCUUCUAGAAUCACCCGGUAUGUGUUUUGCAGAGAAGGGAACGUCACAGAUCGAAACGACAUUUAAAGAGCUCAGUGAACGCAUAAAGCAGGAUCAAAAUGACGGCACAGUGUACUGA